CGGACAAUAAUAUUUCAUUUGCUCAGUAAACGUCACAAAAUUGUAAGGUUUGGUUUGUUUUAAAAUAAAUGCUUUCUAAAUCAGUUUUCACUGCGUUAUUCAAGUGCAAGACGUCCUACCUAAUUCAAAUAUCAGCUGCAACCAUGUCAUCAAAGCCACUGACGUUGGAGACCACAAAAAAACUCAACGAUGAUUUCUAUGCGCAACCGAAGAAUCAAUUGGCCCAGAAUGCCUGCACUCGGACUGAUCCCUUCGAGAUUGCCAUCAGCCGGAGAAGGACAGACAGUGCCUCACAUGUUUAUAAUAUUAGGUUAGAAUCAGAGGGUAAACCAGUAACAAAUCAAGAGAACUCGGGCCGUUGCUGGCUGUUUGCAGCUCUCAAUGUUAUGCGCUUGCCAUUCGUGAAGAAGUAUGGCAUUGACGAGUUUGAAUUCUCACAAAGUUACCUCUUCUUUUGGGAUAAAAUUGAACGAUCACACUACUGGUUGAACAACAUUAUUACCACUGCAAAACAAGGAGAGGAACUAGAUGGCAGGCUCGUAAACUUUCUUCUCAAGGAUCCCAUCAACGAUGGUGGCCAAUGGGACAUGAUCGUGAACCUGGUGAACAAGUAUGGACUGGUGCCGAAGGAGUGCUUCAAGGAGUCGUUCAGCUCCAAAAAGAGUUUGCACAUGAACGCAAUCAUCAAGACCAAGUUGCGUGAAUUUGCAAUGGAAUUGAGAGAAAAGGUCAAAGCUGACGCUUCGGACGAGGAACUGCAAGCGACCAUCGACAAGCAAAUAGCGAUAAUAUACAACAUCGUAGCAACUUGCUUAGGUACCCCGCCAGACAAGUUUAACUUCGAGUAUUACAACAAGGAGAAGGCAUACCAAAGCUUCGGCUCGCUUACGCCGCAAGAGUUCUACAACAAACACGUUCGUCCGCUCUUCAACGUCGAUGACAAGGUGUGCUUAGUAAGCGACCCCCGGGAUUCGAACCCGUUCGGAAACUUGUACACGCUGCAGUGCCUCGGAAACGUCAUCGGUGGGAGACAGACCGCGUACAACAACCAGCCCAUUGAGACCCUAAUGAAAGCCGUAAAAGACAGCAUACAAGGCGGAGAGGCAGUAUGGUUCGGAUGUGAGGUGUCCAAGCGUUUUGAGAGGAAACAUGGACUUGAAGAUUUGGAUGCGCACGACUACAAGCUGAUAUUCAACACGGACGUUCAGAUCGGCCUCAAGAAGGCGGAUCGGUUGCGAUACGGCGAUUCUUGCAUGACGCACGCUAUGGUGUUUACAGCCGUUGGUACCGAUGAACUGGGCAACCCAACAAAAUUCAGAGUAGAAAACUCAUACGGAGAUAAAGAGUACAACAAAGGCUACCUGCUUCUCACGGAACCAUGGUUCAGGGAAUUUGUUUUUGAGAUCGUAGUAGACAAGAAAUACGUCGCAGAUGAGGUGCUUGAAGUGUUCAAACAAGAAGCCAAAGUCCUGCCCGCAUGGGACCCCAUGGGCACCCUAGCUUGUCCGCUGUGCAGCAAAGAAUAACCCUACGCAAGUUUACAAAGAACAACAUUGUAGUAGAAAGUGAUUUUUUCACGAGUCUCUUCCUAUUGGCCAGCACUAUUUCACUAGGGUGGCAAACGGGACAACUAUUAAUUACGGUAUUAUGCAUGAAAAAGAUUUAUACGUCAUCAAGUGACUGCUAUAUUUGGUAUUUUAAGUAACAACAAGCAAUAAAUUUUAAAUUAACAUGCAAUUUUUAUGAGCUUUAAUAGUCCAUAUCACGAAUCUUUUGGCAUACAUCUUGAUUCAGAUCUGAUAUAAAAAAUAUUGACAAUAAUCAUUAUACCUACAUAACAAUAUUAAUAUUUAGGUUAACAAUGUGUUCAUUUUCAAGUUACCAUAACUUACAGAAUGGUGUGUAUUAAUAAACCAAU